CAUUCGUCGCUCAACCACCGUCGAGAAAGGAGUUUUGUCGAUAWUUUCUAUGAUAAGCUUGAUUUGAGUGGCGUUUUUUGCAUCCUUUUCAACGGAAUWCGRACUAUUUCCUCUCRAAAAGACCGCAGCAUAAGACUAACCUUAUUUGAGUCACUUUUUGAGGAAAAUGACAUUGGAUUUUAGCGAAAAAGGCUCGUUUUCAGAAUCCAAUCCAACCACUGAAACAACCGCAAAUGUGAUGGUCGAUCCCCCUCUGAACAACAAUGAAAUUGCUCAUGGUUUUAUUGCAGAAAUGGCCAUGAGCAGUGAGGACUUUGACCAUUUGCUCUUUGAUCACCCCAUAAGUAAGACAAUGCARGAAUCAUUUUGUGUGCCCAUGAAUGUUGAAACCCAACUUACAACUACUGGCUUCCAGCAAGAAUCUAAUGACAAUGGCUUCUGUGAUGAUCAAACCAUGAUUUCAACUGAUACAGAAUUUGAAAGUGUCCCAACCUCACCAUCACUCUCAUCUACAUUCUUUUCKCAUUCUCCCUCUUCUGAGUCKGGCAUUGAAGAUGACCAAGAUGACGACAACAGCAAAUUGGAGAGCUUUGAGACAUUUACUGAUCUUUCAAACCAUGGAGAGCAGACAUUCCCUACACUUYCAGUACAARCACARCCUGCUGCUCCAUCCAGUAUUUCAGAUGCAUAUGAAGAACUGAAACACCUCUUGUACACUGUGGUAACCACCAAUGCCACUUCCUUACCAACAGUACCUAACACUAUMAACACCAGUUUGGUGACCAGCAUGGUCAAUAUUCCUGUAUCUUCGGAUUUAACUAGGGAAUGUUCCAGUGCUCAGGCAGGUGUAUCUCAAAAUACCACUGUUACAGCAUCUAAUGCCAGCAGCGGAAAACUCACCUCAAUACCUGCUGAUUCAAAAACCAAUUUAAAGUGUGUAAGGCGGACAAGAAGACAAAGAGACAAACCCAAACUUGUCAUCCUUGACGAACCAGAAGAGAACUAUAGAGCAAGAUAUGAAAGUGAAGGAUGUAGAGGGCCUAUUCAUGGCUCUAGUGAGAGCACAUACCCCACUAUCAAAGUGUCUGGUUACAGUGGACCWGUGUGGAUUACAGUGUAUCUUACAACAAGUUCAGGAUUGCCUCAUUACCAUUCUAUUCAUGGCCCAGGAUCUACUAAAGUCCCUUGUAAGGAGAUCACAUUACCAGGGGGUAUWCCUGCUGUACAAUUAAUGGUAGACCCAGACUCUAAAAUGACUGCUGUUAUGGAUUCUCUGAGUAUAAGAAGACUCAGAAAUUGGGAAGGAGAUAAGGAGCUCAAAAAGAGAGGCAUUGACCCCAGAACAUGGAAAAGAGAGCGUAAAGAGGCAAGGUUAUUAUUCCAGGCUGAAAUACCAGGGGAAGAUGGCCAGCCUGAUAUAAAAUUAACCUGUAAAUCCAGAAUCUUCCAGUGCAGUUCUUCUGGGCCUACUGGAAGUCCUGAAAUAUGGUGGACUAGUAGAACAGAGGGUUCUGUAGAAGGCAAAGAGGAAAUGGGCCUAAUUGGUAAAAAAUUUCCAUCAGAUGUGAAAGUGAGAUUCUAUGCAAACCUUUCUUCUGGUGAAACCUGGGAAAGUUUUGCUGAAGUUGACAAAAGCAAAACACACCAAGGUGCAGCGGUUAUUCUUACCCCACCAUACAGUAACCAGGAUAUCCUUUUUCCUGUAAAAGUCAACAUUGAACUUGUCAGUGGUAAUGCCAAAAAUGGAAAGUGCAGUGAGCCCAUUGAGUUCACUUACAAUCCCCGUCAGGAGAUUUUGUCUGCUUCUGUGACUCCUAGUGGCCAUAGCCUGGGUGGGAUAUUGGCUGGGCUUCCCGGGGGGUUCAACACUUGCACUACAACUAUCCCACAGUCCUUUUCACCCUUGGUUAACAUUCCACCAUCACUUCCAAAUGUCACUGCUAUUGAGGCAUCAACACUAAUGAGUACGGUUUCUACUCCCAUUGUACCACAGCAGAACAAAAAAGAGCCAGAUGUUAAUGACUGGCAAAGACUUUGUAUUCAAAUAAAAGAACUACAGCAGAAAGGUCUCUUAAAUGCAAAUCAGAUCAAAAAUCUGUGUUCUUUUAUCCAGAGAAAAGACUUGCUCCUUUUGCAGGCAUUUCGGUCAGCCAAUAAUGCAGGUACACGAGAGGAGUGUCAGACAAAAUUCAAACAGUAUUUGAUGGGUCUUGUUGGCAAUGUCUAGCCAUGGAGAAUAUAGUAUCAAUCAGUUAUAUCACUAAGUAUACAAGACAGAGAUACCUAUAACCUAAAUAUACCAAAUUAUUUUCUAGACGAGAGCUAAUUGGCUUGUAUUUUGUAGGUCUGGUAUACUUUUUGUAGUAGAUUUGCUAGAAAGUGUAUAUUCASGUAUUAUUGAAGAGACACUCUGCAUGUUGCAGUUUGCUUAUAUGGUACCAAUAUGGUCGAUGUUAACUAUUUACCAUUAAAAAUGGUUGUUGUAGCUCAGUUUUAGUUACAGGUUAACUAUAGAGUGCCUUGAUAGUUAAUGUUAGGYAUUCACCAUUACAAAUGGUUCAUGAUUGUAGCUCAGUUUAGUUACAUUGUGUUUGGGUUUUCCCCUUGGAUUCUGUUGCAAGGCUAAUUAUAAAGUACUUUGGUUGCUUUAUCAUUUGUCUUUUGACAGAUCAAAAGGGGAUCCAAACUUUCAGCAACUUUGCUAUAUGUCAGUGAAACUACGUAACUGGAAGCUCAACUGAUGAUUGUUGCCCUUURAAUGAUUACAUCUCCUGAAUUGUAUGAAUUUGAAAUGAUUGUUUUGUCCCCUCCCCUUCCUGGUAUGAAAUCCUUAUGGUUGGUCAGUGUUUUUCAAGUUAUGUAGUUGCAUUACUUGCUAUUUAUUAUUAAUGUAACUGACAGCAAGUUAGUAAUUAUACAUAUUAUUAUACAACAGAGUAUAUUGAUAGAUUAAUUUAUAAAUUAUCGAUUUGCAACAAAAUAAAGAAAACAUUGUAAGACAACAAGUUGAACAUUGUCAAAACUAAAAAAAAAAACUAAAAAAAACAUACGAUUAGACUAUUGUGUCACAUUAUGUACACAACUGUAAGAGUUAUGUAUCAAUAAAUUAUUGGUACGUUGA